CUUGGUGAGACUGGAAGGAUGCAGCCAUCCUGUUGUUAUGAAAGGCUUGUGUGCAGAAUGUGGCCAGGACUUGACUCAGAUACGAAGCAAGAAUGGAAAACACAGUGUGCCAUUAUCCACAGCAACUGUGUCUAUGGUUCACAGUGUCCCAGAACUGAAAGUUAGCUCUGAGCAAGCUGAGCAACUAGGAAGAGAAGAUCAACAGCGACUACAUCGAAAUCGAAAACUGGUGCUUAUGGUAGAUUUGGACCAGACACUGAUCCAUACUACGGAACAGCACUGCCAACAAAUGUCUAAUAAGGGAAUAUUUCAUUUCCAAUUAGGUCGAGGUGAGCCUAUGUUGCAUACUCGCUUGCGUCCUCACUGUAAGGAAUUCCUGGAAAAAAUUGCCAAGCUGUAUGAAUUACAUGUUUUUACUUUUGGCAGCAGACUGUAUGCACAUACAAUUGCAGGAUUUUUGGAUCCUGAAAAGAAGCUUUUUUCCCAUCGGAUAUUGUCAAGGGAUGAAUGUAUCGAUCCAUUUUCUAAAACUGGGAAUCUUAGAGAUCUUUUCCCAUGUGGUGAUUCCAUGGUCUGCAUCAUUGAUGACAGAGAGGAUGUUUGGAAGUUUGCACCCAAUUUGAUAACUGUGAAGAAAUACGUAUACUUUCAGGGGAUAGGAGAUAUUAAUGCACCCCCUGGAUCAAGAGAAAUUCAAAUGAAGAAGAAAGUAAACCACUCUACAAAACCAGAGGCACUGGAUUCGGCAGUGACAUCAGCAAAAGAUGUUGAAGAAAUAAAGAAUGUUACAUGUGUAGAAGAACAAAGCAAUGGUCUCAAGAAAGCUACAAAGGACACUUGCACUGCAAAUGGAAGUACUUCUGCAGGCAGUGGAACAUCUGACUGGGACAUGAACUCUUGCAAUAAAGUUAAUGCCCAGGACUCCUUAAAUGAUAGCCCUGAUCACAAAAUGGACAGUGAGGUCACUAAUGACUUGACAAAUACAAAAGAAUCCCAGAUUUUUUCAGAACAAGUCGAUAAAACAGUGAUAGAGAAGCAGCAAACUCAAGAUAAGGCAACAAAUGACUUAGACUUUGAACUGUCUAGUGACAGUGAAAGUGAUGGUGGAUUGGAUACCAGAAAGUCAUCCACUUCUCUAUCAGAUAGUGAGAAUGAAGAAAAAAGAAGCUGGAAGAAAUCCAAACAACCUCUGCAAGACGAAAACUUGGAGAAGGGGAGUUGCACUGAUGUGAGUGAGAAAAAGGAUGGUCUGGUAAACCAUUCUGGGGACGCACAGUCUCUACCUAGUGAAAAUAUUCAUGACAAAACUGAUCUUGAAGCACAGGAAGAGAGUGAACAGGAAAGCCUUUGUGAUUUAGGAAAUGGUUGUGCAGACAAGAAAGAAGCUGAAACAGAGUCUCAGAACAGUGAACAGUCUGGAAUUACAAUGGGUGAGUCCUUAGACCAGAGUAUGGAGGAGGAAGAGGAGGAGGAUGAUACAGAUGAUGAUGACCAUUUGAUAUACCUCGAAGAGAUCCUUGUGCGGGUUCACACUGAUUAUUACACAAAGUAUGAUAAAUACCUGAAAAAAGAGAUUGAGGAAAUUCCAGACAUCAGAAAAAUAGUACCAGAACUGAAAAGUAAAGUGUUGGCAGAUGUAACCAUAAUAUUUAGCGGACUCUACCCAACAAACUUCCCCAUUGAGAAAACACGGGAACACUAUCAUGCCACAGCACUUGGAGCUAAAAUUGUGAAGAAUCUAGUACUGAGUGCUGAUGAUCCUGACAAAGCAACGCAUCUCAUUGCAGCAAGGACAGGCACAGAAAAAGUACGGCAGGCUCAGGACUGCAAGGACCUCCACGUUGUAAACCCCGAUUGGCUGUGGAGCUGCCUUGAGCGCUGGGACAAGGUUGAAGAACAUGACUACAUCAAAACACACAGAGAGAACAGCCCUGCCACAUUUCCUGAUACACACAGCACAUUUCAGACAGCUCUGUUUCACCCAACACCCAUCCAUCCAAAGUCUCAACCUGGUCCUGAAGUUCGACUUUAUGAUCCUAAUACUGGAAAGCUAAUCAGGAAAGGUGCUCAGACCUCUGGCCAGUCCAUGUACAUCCAGUCUCCAGCUCCUCCCAUCACCUUACCAGUCCACGGUGAACACUCGUCCUUCAGAGUUGUUCAACCACAUCAGCAGCAGAUGUUUGAAGAAGACGACAUACCAGCCAGUGAAAAUGAAGAGCAGCCUGGUCCAUCUAAGCGGAAACGCCAGCCAAGUAUGUCUGAGACAAUGCCCCUGUACACUCUAUGUAAAGAGGAUUUAGAGAGUAUGGAUAAAGAG